CCAACCUUUUCUUAGAAAUUGAAAAGGAUUAUGCUAUGUGUACCCCAAGGUUUGUACCCCGCAGUUUUGCACCAACACUUUGUGUUGGUGUAAAACUAAUUUUUGUUAAACGCACCAACACUUGUGUCGGUGUAAACCAUCGAAAUGUUUGUGCAAGACUGUGGUGUACAAAUGGGGUAUAUUUUUUGGUGUAAGUGUAGCAUGGUCCAAUUGAAAAUCAGGCACUGUAAGACAAUGACGGUGGCUGGAAUUAUGCGCGGCGGCCUAGGAAGAUAUCAGCGGCAGUGGCUCUCACAAUCUGGGCGGCAGCAGCUACUUACGAUCCGAACGGCAGAAACUGCUCGCGGCUGAGCAGCUGCAGCGGCGCUCUCCUCGAACCAGCGGCGUCGGCGGCAGAUCUCCUCUGCCGCGGCUAGCGGCGGCUGGACGGACCAGAUCUGCAUCUCUCCGCGCGGCUGACGGCGGUUCUGCGUUGCGCGACUGAUGGCGGCAGCGGCGAGUCUCCUACUGCCGCUGCUCCUGCCCGAUCUGAUCGUCGUCCCUCCAACAAACACUUAUCAACCUGGCGGGGGCGAUUCUGGGCUCGGGACUCACUCCCUGCUGCGGCUCUCCCGAUUCAAGCGCGGCAGCACUCUGUGGAUUGACGGGGAUGGUGGUGCUCCGGUGGCAGCGGCCCAAUUACCGGCUCCUGUGCUACUGCACCCGGUUCUUAGGUGCAAUGUCUUCAUCAUCUCCCUUCAAAGGAAAGAAGGGAGCAGGUAAAGAACCCAUGGCUGGCAGACCGGUGAGACGGGCACCCGAUCUCCCAAUCCAUGCAAAUGUGAAUUCCGAAUGGAGCAGAGACCUUUUCUUGAGUGUCUUAAGGAUGCAUGUUGCAGGUCCAUUAAUAAUAGAAAAACAAGCCU